ACGCUCGAGCGCUGUCACACAGAAGGCAGAAGGUUCACGCCGGGAAAUUUCAUUUUUUAAGUUGUACAAUAUCAGAAUAUAUAAUCGUGUGAUUUAUUUAACACUCUUGUAAAAGCCUUGAUUAACAUUCUUUUUAACAUUAUCAUUUUCAAAAACAGACAAAUUCUGUUUGCGGUAUCGUAGUGCUAUUUUGUCUAGGCCUAGCCUCGUCCACAAGCUAGGCUAGCUGGAUUCGGUUCGGAGAUUGACGCAUAAAACGGCAUGAAUGAGGCUGGUUAAUGUAAACAAUUGACGAUGCAAUGAGUUUUUAUCGGCCUAGCAUUUAGUCUAAGAGGCUUAUUAAGUACGCGAGCCAUGUAACUGAAUAAAUCAUUCUACAAUACAGAGUACACGUUGCGAAUUGUUAUGAUUGUAUAUUAUUGGCUUAGCAGAAUAUAUAUCAAAAGCAUCUUUAUUGAUGGUAGAAAAGAUGGCAAGAUAAGCUAUUAGGCCUAUGUAUGUAGGCCUGUGCUGUUCUAUUGUUAAAAUGGCCAUUAUUCAUAUGGAACUGUGCAUCUAAUUGCCAAACCUAAGAAGUUUCUGAAAUGGUUGUAAAAGGAAAAAUAGCUUUGGCAGCAGUCUCUCUAGUCGGAGGGGUUGGUGUUUUUGCCUACAAGCUAAUUCAAGAUAUUGAUCAUGCGAUGAACUUCAAAUCAAACCAACUGAGCGUGGAGCACCAUAGUCCAUAUAUCUACCUGAAAACAGAGGCUUCAGAGCAAGAGUCGAAUGUGGUUACUCACAUGAAAAAUGGCGUCAAGGUUCUGGAGAACAUUAUUGAAGAUAAACACCCAAGCACAUCAUGGCUGCCAUUUUGGGUACCGUUGGACACGAGCAGUGCCAAUCCUUGGCGACUGUUACAGAAGGCUAAAUCUGAGAAUCCAUAUGAUCGCCAGCUUGCGAUAUCCUCUCUCGCUAACAUUCACGGAUGGCAUGAUGCUGAUUACCAGGUUGUUGCUCAAGCAUGUGACCAGCACACUUUGAUCGGUCUAGCAAGGUCACCUGACGUUGACAGUCGUUUCUUUCUGCCACCACCUCCUGUGAAAGAAAAUCAGGUAAAUUUGUUUGAAAGAUUUCGUCACCUGUUGGCUUCACUACCAAAGAGUGGUCUGGAUGCUUGCACGGAAUAUUUUACAAAGACCGCCCUCUUGGGAGAUAAUGCAGCCCAAGCAGAUGAUCAGAGUGGCGCCCUCUGUUUUGGAGGCAAUAGUCUAUCGUUUGUAAGCAGUCUGAGUCGAGUGCCCACAGAGCGUGCCGAACGGUUUUACCUCAUGGCUCUUGUCAAUCAUUCCGAGAUUGAAUCUCAUGCUGAAGAUAUUAUAAGCAAUGGUGGCUUACAGAUGUUGAUGGAACUGCAACAAGUGCGCCCUCACAGUUUGCAGUUGCAUUGCUACAUCGCACAGGUUUUAGGCAACCUUGCUGUGUAUACACGAUUCCACCAGAACAUAAUCCAAGCUGGUUUUGUACGUGUACUAGUUAACUGGGUUAAAUCAACUCACAUUCCACUUCAGAUGGAGGCCAGUCGCGCCCUAGCUAACCUGGAUCAGGUGUACACUAAGAAUGUACUUAAAAACGGAAUAUACCAGCUUCACCCUCAAUAUAGAUACAGUGAUGAAAUAGUUGCUGAUGUAGUGUUUGUACAUGGCCUACUUGGUGGCGCUUUUCAUUCCUGGAGGCAGCGAGCAAAUGACAAGGGUGAGAGCCCUUCUAGCCCAGAUAAAGACAGCGCCGAUGAAAAUGACAUUGUAAAGAAUUUAACACCGUGUUGGCCGAAGACUUGGUUAGCUGAAGACUGCCCUCAUUUACGUAUCUUAACAGUUGCCUACGAAACCCAGGUAUCAGAGUGGACGUCAACUUGUCCAUACGGUCAAGAAAAACGAUCAUUAGCUGCACGUAGUCAAGAACUGCUUAAGAAAUUAGAAGAGGCUGGAAUAGGGCAGCGGCCAGUUAUCUGGGUGACUCAUUCUAUGGGAGGUCUACUGGUGAAGCAGAUGUUAAUAACAGCAUGGCAGAGCAAAUCCCAGCGGACCGUAGCUAGUGAAACAGCAGGCGUCGUGUUCUACAGUACCCCGCACCAAGGCUCCGCCAUUGCUGCUUACUCGCAGCAGGCUAGCUAUCUACUCUACCCGUCAGUAGAGGUGGCUGAACUACGGCAAAAUUCUCCGUCCUUACGACAAUUACACGGACAAUUCCGUGCAUUUGUUCAAACGUUUGGUCUGCCCGUGCUCAGCUUUGGUGAAAUGCAGCCAACAGAGGUCGCACUUCUGAAACUGUUUGUUGUUCCAAUGUCUUCAGCUCAUCCUGGAUUUGGUGACUUUCAUAUGUUGAAUACUAAUCACUUUGGUGUUUGCAAGCCAACGAGUCGUUCUUCACCUGUUUACCAAGUACUUUUGAAAUACUUGAACCGUCAUGCACCUUCGUCACUUCACGCUAUCAUAGCUGAAAUUCUUACUCAAGAACCUAU